AUGACUUGCCAAGCGUUUGCUUCAUCUGACACCUUUGUGUCCUUGAAUUCUGACUCUUCUCCCUCUCUGCCUCUGAUAAUGCAUCACAGCGCCGCAGAGUGCCUGCCAGUUUCUAACCAUGCCACCAAUGUUGUGUCUACAGUUCCAUCUGUUUUGUCUUUGAUCCAAACUCCUCUAUGCUUCCGUAUCCACCUUGUCAUGACGCCUUUGGGAAACACUUUGGCAGGCCUUCAUUACUCUGUACCUUCCUGUCAUUAUGGAAAUCAACCAUCUACCUAUGGGGUGAUGGCAGGUGUUAAGCCUGCAACUCCAGAGAUGCUAUCAGCAAGUCUCUCCCAGAGUCGCAUCUUACAGACAUGCAGCAUGCCACAUCCCAAUGUGGUAAAUGGUGUCAGCACCUUGCAAAGUAGCCUUACCCCUUGUCUUUAUAAAUUCCCGGAGCACACCCUGAGUGCCAGCUCCUGUGCCCUGGGCCAUGGCUUCACACCCAUGCACCAGUCCCUCCUCGCAGAUGAUCCCACCACUGCAGACUUCAAGCAGGAGUUCCGCAGGAAAAGCAAGUCUGUUGAAGAGCCUGUCGACAUGGACUCCCCUGAAAUCAGGGAACUGGAGAAGUUUGCUAACGAAUUUAAGCUGCGGAGAAUUAAGCUGGGUUAUACACAAACCAAUGUUGGAGAAGCACUGGCUGCUGUGCAUGGCUCUGAAUUCAGCCAAACUACUAUUUGCCGGUUUGAAAACUUGCAGCUGAGUUUCAAGAAUGCAUGCAAACUGAAAUCGAUACUGUCCAAGUGGCUGGAGGAAGCAGAACAAGUAGGAGCUUUAUACAAUGAAAAGGUUGGAGUGAACGAGCGGAAAAGGAAGCGUAGAACUACCAUAAGUAUCGCUGCCAAAGAAGCCCUAGAGAGGCACUUUGGAGAACAAAGUAAGCCUUCUUCUCAGGAGAUUAUGAGGAUGGCAGAGGGGCUCAAUCUUGAGAAAGAAGUUGUGAGAGUUUGGUUUUGCAACAGAAGACAAAGGGAAAAAAGAGUGAAGACGAGUUUACACCAGAACGCCUUCAGUUCUAUUAUCAAGAACCAUCACGAAUGCCGGUAA